AUGUCGAAAGCCGCCGGGGCGCCGGGCAAGACGCACGACUACAAGGCGCACUUUACAAGGACGCGCGUCGCGUACGACAAGGUGAUUGCGCGCCAAGCCGAAAUCCAGGCAGUCGCGACCAAGGCGAUGCAAAAGCAGCAGUCCUUGCAGGAGGAGGUCGACUUCCUGCUCGACGCGAUCAACGACCUGCAAAGGCGCGCGGCCGCUGCAGAGAACCCGGACGCACUGGAGCAGGAACCGACGAGCUCGCCGAGAGACCGGUCCGCACAGCGCUCGCGCAGGGGCGCCGCGAGCUACUCGGACGAGGACGAGGAUACGCAGGACCUGCACGAGCGCAGCUUCGAGACAGAAAAGAGCGCGCCGUCGAUCGACGUGCUACUCGACGAUACCAGCAGCACCAAGCGGCCACGCAGCACGUCGCAGCCGGACGAGGCCGACGUCGCGCUCCUCGCGUCGCUCAGCGAGGACGCGGGGCAGAAACGCGCGCGCCUCGAGUAG